AUGUGGACGUUCAUCACCCAGCUCCUGGUCACCCUGGUGCUCCUGGGCUUCUUCCUGGUCAGCUGCCAGAAUGUAAUGCACAUAGUCAGGGGCUCCCUGUGCUUCGUGUUGAAGCACAUCCACCAGGAGCUGGACAAGGAGCUGGGGGAGGGUGACGGCCUGAGCGACGACGAGGAGACCAUCUCCACCAGGGUGGUCCGGCGCCGUGUCUUCUGGAAGGGGAAUGAGCUUCAGAAUAUUCCAGGGGAGCAGGUCACGGAGGAACAAUUCACAGAUGAGCAGGGCAACAUUGUCACCAAAAAGAUCAUUCGCAAAGUGGUUCGGCAGAUAGAUUCAUUUGGUGCUGACGACACCCAGGAGCACGAGGAGGUGAUUGUUGAGGGGCCCUUGGAGGACCCCCGUGAGCUGGAGGCUGAUAUUGAGUACUUUAUGAGACAUGCCAAGGAUCACACCUCGACACCCAACCCCUGACCUCCACACUCUGCCAUGCACACCGGAGGAGAGCUGGACCGAGGGCUGCAGAUGGCACACACGCUCCUCUUGGCAGGCGGCAUGGUCUCUGUAAGGGACUCCUUUAGUCCUCAUUCGCAUGACGACUGACUGUAGACGCAUGACCUAAGGCUUCAAUUCUGCCUCUAGCACGGCAGCUGAUCUCUGUUGGACAAAAGCAGCAAGAAGGGGGGAGAGUUGGGAGGAAACCGGUGAGAGAGAGCGUGUGAACGCACAAGUGAUCAAGGGCUUUUUUGUGGCUGGGGAUGGUUUUUGAUUUUUUAAAAAUUGUUUUAAUUU